ACAAUCGGAAGCAAUAAAAAAAUCUAAUUCAACGAAUGAUGUCCGCAAGGCCAUGGCCGCCGUGGCCGCGAGCGGGAACUCACUACUCCGUCACACGCCGACAUCGACGCUUCUCUAUUCGAAUCAGCGCGCGUUUGAAAUUCAAAUCGAGAAACUCAACUUAUUAUUUUUUAUCUCUGGCUUUAUUUUUUUUUUUGUUAUGUGCCAGUAUGUGUCGGUUGACAAUUGCAACGCGUUCUGGAAAGCGUCUGUGACAAAAAUAGACGCCCACAAAUUGUUAUAAUUAAACUGUAUGUAAAUAGAGCGGAGGACAGUCGAGUCGUCUGCAUCAGUGGUGUAAAUAAAUGUUUUAAACGAAAUAUUUUAAAGGGAAAUAAUGUUUUUUGGGAAUAGAACUAAAUAAAGUGCUUUAGUGUAAUGAAAUUUCGGAUUACAAUGUGUGAAAAAGUUGUGAGGAUUUUUAUAGAUCUAUUUAUGUGUUAGUGAAGUGUAGUGCUCUAGAUGCUUCAAAAACGGUUCACGAUGUUGCCCAAGCUGAAAAAAUGCUGUUGGUGCCUCUCCUUGCGGACGGGGUGUUUCCUACUGGCAGUUUUAUCUUCUCUAAUCUGCGUAGCGACAAUCAUCGCAGGCGCAUGGAACCUACCUCACUACGAGCGACCCGAAGACAACUUCAUAGCGAUGAGUGCUGUCAUGUUCUCAACUCUGUCACUCAUCAGCAACGUCGUCAUACUGCUGGGGCUGUUGCUUAAACGUCCCGGCUUCCUGCAGCUGACGAUCCUCUUCAACUCAGUCUUCAUCCUCUGUCUGUUCCUGGUAGCUCUAGUGUUAUGUCUGUUCAGCCCGAAGGCAGAACCCUACUUGCGGGAGCCGCUGAAUAUAGUGCUGAUCGUGUUGGCCAUAUGCGCUGGUAUAGUGUAUUCUUUUUACUACAAGAUGGUAGUGAAUAGUACGUACCGGCAAAUGAAGACUUGGAGCGAGAGCGCUAUUCCUGUAUGAAGCUAUUUUAUUUAUACUCUGGCACAGCCACUUUGUCAGUAGAAAAGGCGCGAAUUUUCAAGUCCAGUGGGACCACAAUAGGACCUACUGGGACUCUAAGUAUUCGUAUUUUAUGAAGGCAGCUACCGGAUCUCGUGCGAAAAACGGUCUUAGAAGACCUUCCUUCGAUUUCAAAUGAAGAUACAAUAGCACCUACUGGGACUCGAUUCGUAUUUUAUGAAGGCAGCUA